GCCAAUGAGAGCGGAGGUCCCGCCCCCGUCAUGCCCCGGCUGCCGGCGGCGGGGAGGAGCCAGGCGGGGGUUUAAAGCCUGUCCCGUCUGCUCCACUUCAGUUGUUAAAGAGAGUCCUCCCCGUCUGUCAGCCACAGCAGUGUGUGAGUGUGUGAGUGAGUGUGUGUGUGUGUGUGAGAGAGAGAGGGAGAGAGUGUGUGUGGGGGGGAUGCCGUUUGCCAGAACAGAGCUGAAGCGUCCUCUGACUGGGACUGGUGUCUCCUUCUGCCCCCCCAGCGGAGUUUGCUCCUGGAUCACAGCUGGACCCGGUCGGACGUCUGGAGUUUGACCAGCUGAUCGUCCGAAGCCCCCCCGGAUAAAGAGCCCCCCCCCGUCAGCCGCCCCAUCCUCUCCCCGGGUCACCGCUCGGCCAGCAGAGGUGGUCUGGACCGGUCCCGAUGUGGAAUUUGACCCCAGGUGACCCCGUCCAGCGAGGAGCCUUUCACUGAGCCUGGGACUGGGAAGGACGAGCGAGCCAGGAGCGAGGAGAGAGACGGAGAAGAAAGGAGGAGGAAGCGGAGAGCAGCAGCAGCAGCAGAGCCACCGCCCCUGCAGAAUGCCGGUGGAGACCCUGCGGCCCUCCGACGGCCGCCUGGCCGGCGUUCCCUUCACCUCCGCCAUGCCCUUCAGGAUCCUCAACAAGGGUCCGGACUACUUCCGGCGCCAGGCCGAGCCCGGCGCCCGCAAACUCAGCGCCGUGGAGCGCCUGGAGGCGGACAAGGCCAAGUACGUGAAGAGCCAGCAGGUGGCGCUCACCCGCCAGGCCCCCAUCAAGCCCCCCAUCAUCCGCAAGCCCCUGGUUCCCCCGGGCAUGAUGCUGCAGUACCAGAUUGGCAGUCCUCCGGCCCGGAAGGUCCCCCACUGCCCCCCCGACAAGGAGGCCCCGGAGGGCCCGGGGGACCGGAGGAGGCCGGCCCUGAACCUGGACAUCCUCAACAACCUCAUCAACGACGUGUGCGACGGCCCGCUGCCGUGCUCGCAGUCCUCGUCCUCCACCUCGCCGUCCUCCUCCUCGCCGUCCUCGGGGGCGAAGAGCAUCGGCAGCAGCCUGUCGGGGGACCCGGGAGAACCGGAGAGGAGCGGCCGGCUCCUCAACAGCCUCAAGCCUUCGAGCCACGCCCCCGCCAACUCCUCGUCCGCCUCGUCCUGCACGUCCUCCCCGCUCAACACCAACCUCCGGGCAGAGCUGGCGCGCCGCCCGCCCCCCGUCCCGGCCCGGGUGCCCCGCUUCGGCGUCCCGGCGCCGUACAGCUCCCCGAACUCGGUGACGGUGCGCAGGGUGGACGUGCGGCCGCAGGCGGAGGCGAGGAAGCCGCAGAGAGCCCCGCUGCAGCCCCCCCUCAGACCCAGACAGACGGCUCAGGGCCAGGUGGCGCACCCCCAGGUCCCGCCGCCCCCGCCCCCCUUCCAGAGCCCGCCCCACCCGCCGGUUAGCGCCCCGGCCCAGACCCUGCCCUCGCCUCCGGCCUACCCACCGCCCAGCCCCCUGCUGGUGCGGGCCAUCCCGCCCGCCUCCCCCGCCUUCACCCGCAUUUCCAACGCCAGCUCCAAGGGCUCCGGCCGCAAGCACCCGGCGCUGCACCGCUCCAAGUCCGACCUGAGCGACCGGUACUCGCGCGCCACCGCCGACCUGGAGCGCUUCUUCAACUACUGCGGGCUGGACCCGGAGGAGGUGGAGGGCAUGGGCGGCGUGGAGCGCUUCACCCGGGCCAGCUCCGACAUCGUGUCGGUGUCCAAGCUGCGCAGCGUCAGCACGCCCAGCUCGGAGUGCGGCGACGACGCCGAGCGGGCGGGGGAGGACGGCGGGGACGAGCACGACGAGGACGGGCCCGCCAGGGCCGGCGAGCGCGUCCCCUACGGCAUCUCCGUCAUCGAGCGGAACGCCCGGGUCAUCAAGUGGCUGUACGGCAUCCGUCAGGCCCGGGACGCCAACGGCGCCGUGUCCAACGUGUAGACUGACGGGACGACGCUCGGCGUCCAUCUUCUGCUGCCUUACUUCACGUGUGGACAAUCCUGUCCCCGGCUCUGUCCGUUCUGGACGCCACUCACCAGACUUGUGAGCCGUGGGCUGCAGGUCAGGACUGCCUCCCCCACGGCUCGCCCUCUUCCUCCACUUGAUUUUGUACAAAUAUAUCGGUAUACGAAAGCAAUAACGGACUGGUCACAGUGACGGUGAGGAUGAAGACUGCAAUUGUGGGUCCUCUUGUAAAGGUACUCCGUGUGUGUGUGCGUGCGUGUGUGUGCGUGUGUGUGUGUUUCUAUUCAUGUGUGUUUACCAGAGAGCUCAGCAGCACGAAGCCAGACUCGGCUCCGAGCGGUGAAGUGACUGCUGGGCCAGUCGAUACUGUGAAACCCUCUCACAUUAAAACCCGAGCUUCCAUCAACACGCCCAUGUUUCUGUCCGGCUGUAAGACUGUUAUUCCUCCAGUUACGCGUUCGCAUGCCACUCUCUAUACGUUAAAGACUUGAUCUCAGACGAGCACAAACGGCACUCCCUCACCCCGACUCACCGCUCACACGUUCGGAUUCCGGCUUCCCCGGGGGAACCGGGUCUCUUCUGCGUCUCCGUUUGAGAAGCACGGCGUUCACGGGUGGACGUGGCGUGAAAACGUCGCCGAGCCUCCAGAGAGAGGAGGUGGACUCAUGGAUAAACGAUGUCUGCGCUGUUUGAACUCGCCCGCACCUCUGCAAGUGUCUCAGGAAGAUGACAUGCUGAU